AUGUCGACAGCCGUACAAGUAUGUUAUGUGGAGGAAGAAAUAGACAUCGGUGGUGAAAUUGUAGUGAACGCUGGGUGCCGAGAAAAAACGAAAUGUGACGCAAUCGGCUGCUUUGGUGACGAAAAUAAGAUCAGAAAAAGGAGCGCCAAUCAAACCUCAGUCGGGAUACAUAGUGGACAACUAGAUAGAGAUAUUGUAUGUCAUCACUGUUGUGACGGAGAUUUCUGUAAUAUGUAUGGCUGUCCUGAUUCAUACGAGGCGUCGUUUACUGUCUCCCCGCCAAAACACCCUCCCCUCUAUCACGUGACGGAGAUUUCUGCAAUAUGCAUGGUUGUCCUGAUUCAUGUAAGUAGACGAUGCGUCGUUUACUGUCUUCCCGCCCAAACAUUCUCCCUUCUAGCACGUGACGGAGAUUUCUGUAAUAUGUACGGUUGUCCUGAUUCAUUUGAUGUCAGCCAUCUUCCCGGAAGUCGAUGUUUUGUUUGCGAUCACGUUUUACAGCCGGAGUACUGUAAUGUUAUCAAGAACUGCGAGGCAGGCUAUUCCUGUGGUAAAGAAAUUAUGUCAUUUGGUUCUGGUAUAAGGUACACCUUGCUGUGUAUCAGGACACAGGUGCGUUUUAUGAGCAUUCUUUUUGGUGUUGGUAUUUUUCACUCCGGAUCACGGCAAUAA